GAUGAAUCCUCACUUCUCUGCUCUUCAUCCCAUCAAUUACCUCGCGAUAUCAUCUGUUUAGUCGUUUUACAGAGAUCCGUAGCUGCAUAUACCCUUAUCUGUUGUUUAAUCCACUCGUUGUCUGCAGCAGUGUAGUUUCAAUUUCCAUUUCAGGUGCACACACCACCCACCACUAGCUCAACUAAUUGCUUGCCAAACAAACUUCCAACACUAUGGACUCUCACAACGAACUCGUCAACACUGUUGUCGAACGCAUCCGGGACUUCCACGAACGGAAAGUUCCCUUCAAGAUCUACCAUGGCUCGACAAACAGCACGCGCGAUGCCGGCUUCCAGCGCGACAAGAUUGUGGACACGAGCAAGCUUGAUCGGGUGCUGAAAGUCGAUACGACUGCAAAGACGGCACUCGUCGAACCGAAUGUGGGCAUGGACCGGCUGGUGGAGGAGACGGGAAAGUGUGGUCUGGUCCCGGAGGUCGUCAUGGAAUUUCCUGGCAUCACGGCAGGCGGCGGAUUCGUGGGCAUGGCGGGCGAGAGCAGCUCUUUCCGAUAUGGCUUCUUCAACCAGACCGCGAAUUGGAUCGAGGUUGUUCUGGCGAAUGGCGAGCUUGUCAAGGCUUCGCCGACCGAGAAUCAGGACUUGUUUCGUGGGGCGUCUGGGUCGUUUGGCACGCUUGGUGUUUUGACGCUGCUUGAGAUUCGGCUUGUGGAGAGGAGGAGGUUUGUCGAAGUCACAUACGAUCCUGUGUCUUCGAUUCCGGAGGCUGUGGCUAAGAUUGAGGACUGCAGGGCGAACAAGGAAGUUGAGUAUGUUGAUGCUAUUCUGUACAGCGCGAAUAGCGGUGUGAUUGUCACUGGGAGACAGACUGACGGAGCGACUGGUCUGCGGAAACAAGGGUUCCUCAAGUCUACUGAUCCAUGGUUCUAUCUACACGCCAAGAAGAUUCUGAAAAAGAACAAGGAGAAGCCGACCAAGGAGCUGGUGCCGAUCGAAGACUAUCUUUUUCGCUAUGACCGUGGUGCUUUCUGGACUGGAGAGUAUGCGUUCAAGUGGUUCGUGACGCCGUUCAACCGCAUUACCCGAUGGGCUCUGGACCACUUUAUGCACACGCGUGUGAUGUAUCAUGCCCUUCACAAGAGCGGGCAUUCGAAGCAAUACAUCAUUCAAGACCUGGCAAUUCCGGUGUCGAGGGUGCAAGAUUUCAUCCAGUACGUCGACGACUCAUUUGGUAUCUACCCGCUCUGGCUAUGCCCGUUGAGAGAGGACGGCAAAUACGCAGCAUCGCCGAACGGCGGGAAAGAUUCCAUCCUCGAGACGAACGAACACCUCCUGAAUGUCGGCGUAUGGGGUCCAGGCCCGACCAAGUACCCCGAGUUUGUGGAGAAGAACAGAGAGAUGGAGAGCAAGGUGCGCGAAUUCGGCGGCGUGAAGUGGCUAUACGCACAGGCCUUUUACACCGAGGAGGAGUUCUGGUCCAUCUACGACCGCCAGGCAUACGACGAGCUACGGGCAAAGUACCAUGCGAGCAAUCUGCCGACGGUGUACAGCAAGACGAAUGCGCCGCUGGUAGAGCCUGUUCCGGAUCCCUCGACCUGGCGGGGCUGGCUGCGACACAAGACGUUUGGCGUGUGGCCGAUUAGUGGAGUGUAUGGGGUGGUGUCGACGGUGCUGAGCAAGGAGUAUUUGCUCAAGAAGUGAGCGUGUGUUAUGUGGUAGGCUCUACAAUCGUUUCUUGAAAUGAUGUACAAUGUUGGUAUAGAUAGAUAAGGUACUGCUUAAUUAGCUGUGGAUGGUUUUGGAUAGAGCGGAUCACAGUUCACUAGGGCUAUACCUGCCGAAUACACACCAUGCCGGUACUCACUAUGGCUCCGAAAGAUGUUAGUAGCAUUGUAUAAUAUACAUGUAUCAACAACUCUAUUUAUACACACUGCUGCUACUAGGCGUCGGAUCAGGUGGGAGCGGCGGCGGCGGCUGUUAGCGGGACGGAGCAGCACACAGCACAACCACAGAACCUUCGCCCCACCAAGCAAGCCUCCACCAGCGUCCGACAGUCCACCCAGCCUUCUUCUUCACACUCCCACAAUUCGCUUUGUUCGUCAUA